CGCGGAAAACCCUAGAUGUAGAGGUAUAAAUGCGUUUCCCUGGAGAUGAAGAGGGACGGCUAGCGGCGCUUGAGAAAAGAAAGGUUAAGGGAAGAUGGAUCAGAUCAUAGAGAGUGAAUGGGAGACUGUGAACCGGAGUCGGAAUCGCAAACGCAAUCGCAGUUGGAGUCCGAAUCCGAAUGUGAAGCGGAAUCGGAAUCGCAAACGGAAUCGCAGUUGGAGUCCGAAUCCGAGUUCGAAUCGCAACCGCAAAUUGUAUAUAUGUUGCCAGGAAGAAAACGAAUCCAGGGGCUGCUACGUCAUCCGCGCCAUCGAUUUGGAGCGUUUGAUGGCUUGCUCCUGUGACUUUGUUGAAGACAAAUGUGUGGAAAACAAGUGCGCUAGCUGCGAAUCCUGCCCCGAUCAUGAUUUGCGGCCAGUCGGUUUACUCUGCGGCGACCAGUACGAUGUCCCCGACUGCAUGGGCUGCUGUCCCUUUGGCUCCCAAGUUGUCUUCGUAGGCGGCGAGUUAGCACCGUGGUCGUAUGAUUUCAAACCCAGCCGAAAGGUUUUCGUCUAUGACAUUGAGGAUGGGCUCCGGCUUCAGGGCUUGGAAAACGGCAACAACAUCAAGGAGUUGGACAAAAGCUGCAACGGUCUUGCAAAUAUCCAUCAUGACAUAUAUUAUCCGCGGAUGAUGGAGAUAGGAGGAGAUCUCUAUGCUCUCGGAGUUGUCAAAUGUGACGUCAGUGUCUCUCAGGUAUACAGGCGCCAAUUGCAGCGGUGGGAAGCUCUGCCUCCACCCAUACCGAGUUUCAGUCAUGAUUUUACUAGUGAAACUCUAUAUUCUCUACUUUACACGGACAACAAUAUCUUUCUGUCCACCUAUUUCCCAGAUAUGCCGGUCAAAUGUUUCGACACCGACCGUAAAUGCUGGAUAGCUGAUUCCGGCUUCAACAGUGAGGUUUUCCCCUUUGGGGGUGAGGCUUUAGUCGUGGACUUGGAUAAACCUAGCAAGGAGAAGUUGGUGUUUGCCUAUGGUCGUGAUACUAUACACGUGUGGCGAUUGGGAUUGACUGAUGAUCUGAAAGGUUCUUGUCUUACCACAUACGGGUCUGUGAAUGUGAAACCCAGGUUGCAUGGCUUAUUGGGAAAUUUGUUUGAAGUAUCUAAGCAGCAUCGUCUCAUCGAUCUAGGAGAUGGAAAAAUCUGCUUGGUUAGGGCCAGGAGCUACCCAGUUGUUGAACGUACUAUAAAUUCAGAAGGGCUUGAGAAGGUGUGUGUUGUUAUCAUAGUAUUCAAAUAUGAGUUUGAUCCGAGAGCACAAACCUUACCCUACAAGUUCCUGUCUACCCGCACCUUUACCUUCAUGCCCCAUUGCAAGGAAUCCUGCUUUGUCCGCCUGCUUAAAUGCUUUGUGCGCUAGCUAGAUAGCUUCCUUAGUACUCAACAUGUUGCAGGUGGCCGGGGGGUAGAUAUGAUGGUUGGAGUUCCUCUGAGGAGUGGCAGUCCUGCUCUUGAUGAUCUUUCAGUGGAUUCCCAUCCAUUCAGUUCUUCUUGAUGGUUGUGAACAUGUAGCUAGAAUCCCAUGGGGUUGCUUAUGAUAGUCUUCCAUUUAUGGAACUAUAAAAGCCGGUGUGCAUUACGUUCUUUCACAUGCCAGUCUGCUUAGAUUUUGAAUCUUAUGGCUUGACUUCAAAAGACAUACACUCUUAUGGCAUUUCACUAAGACUUCGUGAUGACAUUCUCCUUUGCUAUGUGCAAGUACUCCUCGGGGUUAUGCCCACAAACGCGCCUCAACCUACUAGUUUUUGGCCGAAAGAUCAUGUGAAAUGAUGUGCCAUAAGUUGCCCCAAUUGUGAAUGUAUUCUCCUCAGAUAAUAAUUGAUGAACUCUUGUAGAUAUUUUAAGGGACCUAUU